AUGGGGUUCUGUGAGCUUUGUAAUAGCGAAUAUCCAGAUGGUGGAGAGUCUAAGUCAAUCCACGAGUCCGGAAGGCGACACAAGAGAUCAUUGGAACGUCAGGCCCAGGCUGCUGAGCUUCCUAAGAAGUCCGUGUUUGUUGCAUUGACGUUCAAACGUGGUGCUGGUGAUGAGGUACUUGAUCCCAAGGUCAUCGCUUCCGCUUUCAGCGCUUUCGGUGAAGUCACUCACGUCUCUUGCGGCUUUCUUCAAGACCACGCGUUUGUGGAAUUCGACGGUGAAGAUGCCGUUGAACGAGCGAAGGCAGCGAAAUCCAUAAAAAUAAACGAAUCAUUGACUGGCAUCAUUUAUGAACGACGUGUGACGUUUCACGAUGAGCAUGAUGGUCCCACAGUGGACCUGGAUGAGGUUAUCCAGCACGUCAACGAUUUAUGUUGUCGUGGCUUCUUAGCACAACUGGACAGAAUCUCUUCCUGCAUCGGGGUAACUGAGAAAGAGAUGCUACGCCGGAACACGUUCCGCAAACGAUUCGAAGAGCUGCUGUGUCGAUAUGUACAAGAUCCAAACGUCGUCCAAUUUGGAUCGGCUGUAACAGGUCUAGGAACGAAUGAUUCAGAUAUAGACCUGUGCCUCCUUUUCAAGGACGACACCACUUCACCCAUGAACGAAUUCGUACGUGAUGGAAAUACCCUACUAUCUUGUCCUCCAGAACAUUUUCAAGAGAAUCCUAUACAUCGGGAUGAGUUGAACGCUUUAUCGCUACGAGAACAAACGGAGGUGCUAUUCCGGGUACUGAAGGAAAUGAGAAGAGAGAAAAGUGGUUUCUUCAAGAGCCUGUAUAUUGUGUCUGAUGCUCGAUGUCCAGUAAUACGUUUUCGAUCCUAUGACAGACAUGUAAGUUUUCUUCGAUUUGUGAUUUUCUGUUAUUUCAAGCAGUAA